UUAGACAAUGGUCCUCUAUUUCUUCGCGUUCUGUUUUGCCUAUCCCAAAAGAGAAGCCAGUGAAUUAAUAGAAGCCACUAUUAAUACGAACAUGAUUCAUAGGCUGCAAGAAUCCAAAACGUCCAAAUCCAACGAUGAGAUGCGUUCUCUCAAAAAGGUUUACCUUUCGAACAGAUUUAUCACAUGCAACGAUAAAUCUCAAGCAGGAUUUUACUUGCGAAAAUCUAGUACCAGUAGAAAAUGGAUUGUCUUCCUGGAAGGGGGUUGGUACUGCUACGACCACCACACCUGUCGGAAUAGAUGGUUGAGGCAAAGACAUUUCAUGACUUCGUCUCAAUGGCCAGAAACUAAAGAUGUUGGUGGAAUUCUUUCCCCUAACGAAUAUGAGAAUCCCUAUUGGUGGAAUUCGAACCACGUGUUCAUCCCGUACUGCUCCAGCGAUACAUGGAGCGGAACGAGAAAAGCUUCAAGGAAUGAAAUGUUUAGUUUCAUGGGUGCUUCUAUAGUCCAGCAAGUGGUUAGGGAUUUAGUCCCUCUGGGACUAGAGAAUAGCACGGAACUUCUUCUCGUCGGUAGCAGUGCAGGAGGGACGGGGGUUAUGAUCAAUUUGGACCCAGUGCAAGAACUAUUACAUCGGGUUCUAAAACUGAAUCACAUUACAGUCAGGGGUGUUGCUGAUUCCGGAUGGUUUUUGGACAGAACACCAUACGCACCAAAAGGAACCCCAACGGUGGACGCUAUACGAAAGGGGAUGCAACUCUGGCAAGGGAAAGUACCAAAACGUUGUAGACAAAUGUAUCUAGAUGAACCUUGGAGAUGCUAUUUUGGAUAUAGGUUGUACCCCACAUUAAAAGCUCCUCUGUUCAUAUUUCAAUGGCUCUUCGACGAAGCGCAGAUGGACGCUGACAACGUUGGAGCGCCAGUAACCAAACAACAAUGGGACUACAUUCACAAAAUGGGCGACGCCCUUAGGCAAAGUUUUGAAAACGUUUCGGCAGUUUUCGCGCCAUCCUGUAUUUCCCAUUCCAUCCUAACGAAAAGAGACUGGUUAAAUUUAAAAAUCGACGAGAUUUCUUUUGCCGAAUCGCUCCAAUGUUGGGAGCAGCGGCCGAUCAAAAGGAGGAUGCAUAAGAAGAAGUUCAUGAAACUGUAUGCCGAAGAAUCGACUUUGGGACAUCAGAAAUCUAAAAUUUCUCCCAAAAUGCAAACGUAUGAACUUGCUAACGUCACCAAAGACAACGUGACCGUCAAAUAUGAAGAAGAAAAUUCGAGACUCAAACAACUCGAUACAAACAAGAGGCGCAAGAACAAAAAAAGGAAAAGGCGAAGGAAUAAAAGGAGAAGAGGUUUCAAUUGUUUCUUAGAUAAAAAUCAACAGCAAAAUUCUUCUGCGAAUUCUGCGGCAAAUCAGCCUCUUCUUCAAACGUCAAGGUCCGAAAGGUCAGUAUUAAGGUCACAGAAACAUCCUAGAUCACGCCCUUGCCACGACAGACUGUUAGAAAGAUGCAGUUGGCCUCAGUGUAAUAGGUCGUGCCCCCGUUUACAUAACCCUUUCACAGGGGAAGAAAUGGACUUCAUCGAUCUCCUCAAAUCAUUCGGUUUAGAUAUGGAAAAUGUUGCCGACGCUCUCGGUAUCGAUUUGCCCACACUCAACAAUAUGGACCAUGGUGACCUCCUCAAUAUGCUUACGCAACAAACCAAUUGAAUACAAAAAUAAAAUAACAAUAGACUGCUGGGGACUGGUAUCUGUAUUAUCAAUUAGUUCUUUUCUCC